ACCGUCCAAGACGCCGAGCCCCGGGCGCGGCACGUCGUCCACCAUGACCCCGUUCGCCGGCCUGCCGCAGGGCUUGAACUUCAACGAGGACCUCGAGGUGGUUAUCGCCGAGAAGCAGACGCGGAAGAUGCUCCGGGCCAAGCAGGGCAAGAAGCAAUACCUACCUGGCCAGCCGCGCGUGCGCCUGGAGGGGACCGAGCACAAUGCCGACGCCAACACGGACGGCCUGCUCGAGUACCUGCGCGAAUCGCACAGCACGGCGGAGCUCGACGACCUCCUCCCCUUCAUGCGCUACAUCUUCGUGCAGACGCCGUCGUACAAGCACAUCAUGCCGCUGCACCACCAAAAGUCCCACGCGCGCGACCUCAAGGUGACGGAGCACCCGGGCCUCCACCUGGUCUGGUACUACGAGCUCAUCUUCGUCAAGCCGGUGCCGGCCUACUUCUACUCGCCGGCGUUCUGGGAGUACCUCGAGAACGCCGACCAGGGGCUGUACCGCGCGUGUCUCGGCUUCAUGCGGAGCUACUACCUGCUCAUCAAGUACGAGAUCGACUUCGAGCUGGCGCGCGAGCUGCGCCUCAUCCCGCGCAAGGCCGACGGCGAGUACCCGACCUACGAGGAAUGGUGCAGCUUCAUCGAGCCGUUCGGCCAGGUCGGCGACCACUGGGUCAACCGGCGGUACCACUACGGCGAGCUGCGGCUGACGCGCAUCAACCGCGCCGCCUUCCUCUUCCGCGGCAGCCUGGCCUACUUCCACAUCUACCCGCAGUGGGGGUCGUUUCUGGAGCACACGCUGGCGCCGCUGCUCACCCUGUUCGCCGUCUGCUCCGUCGUGCUCAACUCGAUGCAGGUCAGCCUCGCGGCGCUCGUCAUGGCCGACAGCCCGCCGGCCGGGCGGUGGUCCCACUUCGUCGACGCGUCCGUCUGGUUCCCCAUCGUCGUCAUGCUCGCCAUCGCCGCCGUGCUGGCCGCCGCCGUCGUCGGCAUAACCCUCAUGGGGUUCAAGGACCUGUUCCGCGCCAAUUACGUCCGGCACCGGCGCAAGAACGGAGACGCCGACGCCGGCACCCGCACCCACGGCAUGGUCUGGUAG